AUGAAUAUGGAAAUUGAAAAGCUUGAUAUUGAUUCAAUAUUUGUAAAAUAUACAAUAAAUGAAAUACGCGACAUAGACGAAAAAAUCAAAGCAGAUAUGGAAAGAAAAAAAGAAGAACUAAGAUCAAUGGUUGGAGAACGGUAUCGUGAUCUGAUUGAAGCAGCUGAUGCAAUAUUCGAAAUGAAAACAUGUGCUAAAGGAGUCGAACAAUUUGUACAUUUACUCAAUGAUAAAUGUAGCAAAGUUGAUCAUACAUUACUCACACAAUCGACAUCAUCAAAUACGGUAACCGAUAAACAAUUGUCUAGAUUAACAUUUGUUGUUUCAAUAAAAAUAUUAACUGAAACACGACGACGUUGUUGGAUGUCUUUAGAAGAAAAUAAUUUUGCGGCAGCAGCUCGUCAAUAUCUAUUAGCUCAACAUAUGGCUAGUAGUUUAUCGUCGAGUACAAAUGAUGAACAAUUAGAUAGUGAUUCACAGAAGUCUAUUGUAGCUGCCACUCGAUUAUGGCAUCAAACUCGACAGAUGAAAGCAACAAUUUUAGACAAAUGUCGAUUAUAUUUAAAGAACACUGAUACUGAUGAUCAAACUCUUGCUAAUGCUCUAUCGACUCUUAUUGCAUUUGGUGGUAAAACAGUAGAACAAACAUUAAAUGAAUUUCUUACUGCAAAAUUGGAUACAAUUAAAGAAACCUAUCAAAAUGUAGAUUCGAAGCAAAGUUCAAAAGAUACAGUUCGACAAUUACUCGUGCUAUUUAUCAAUACAAUUUUUGAACUAGAUAUUCUCUUCAGCAAAAAUAAUAAUAACAUUGAUAAAUAUGAUCAAUUAAAAAAAUAUGUUUUAACAUUCUAUAAUACAUCAAAUGAUAUUGAUAGUUCAAAGAUCGAUAAUAUACUGUCAUAUGGACAACAACAUAUAUUAAAUAUUGAAGAGACAUUUUUUAAAAAUUGUGAACCUGUUGAUCUUUCUGAGUAUGAAUCUCGACAACAAGAACUUGUUCAAAGUACUAUAGAGAAAUGGUUACAAAUCGUGUUAGAAGCAGUUAAAACGGGUAUACGUGAAUUAUUGAAUCAUACAACAUCACUCAAACCAUUGCUUCAUCUUAAAUUAAGCCUUGUUUCAUUAAUGACUGAGGAACGUAUGGAACAAUGGUCAAUAGUUUGCAAUCGUCUAUUAAAUGGAAAUAAUAAACAUAUUCGAUUAUGGGAUGAUUUGAUUAAAGUUGAAUUACGUGCGCGUGCUAAACAAGUACUUCAUGUUCGUUUUGAUCAAUUUAAUCAAACAACAAUACAAAAGAUUGAACAAUGUCUUAAAGCAUUUCACAAUUCUACAACUAAGAUUGAUAAAUCAUCAUUGGAAUUUAAUGUUUUGAAUUAUAUAUGGAGUGAUGUGGAUAAUAAUACUCCAAGUGAUUAUGUAUGGACACCAUCUACCCAUCGAAAUCCUGUUGGUGAUGCAAAAUUUUCAUUAAAAGCUGUUGCUAUUUCAAUGGAUCUUCAGAGUUUAUGUCGAGAGUUGGACGAUGAAUUAAGACAAAUUCUUGAUGAUGUUAAUGAAUUUUCUGUCGCUGAUGUUAGUUCAAUGUCAUCCAUAUCAGAUACAAGUCUAUCAACAACAAAUAAUAGUUCUAAUUCUUCGAUUUAUUCUGAUAGUGGAUUUGUUGAGGAACAUCUUGAAGAAUGUGUUAUUCAAUUUUGUACAACAUUACUUGCGCGUCUACGACAAAUAGCAAAUGAAAAUGAAAAAAUUGGAAAUGAAGAACAAACUUUAUCGAGUUUGAUUUGGCUUGGUUCAUGCUCACGAGCAAUACCUAUUGCUUGUAAGAAUCUCAAAAAUUCGCUCGAACUUGUUACGAAUGUUGCAGAUUCUGCCACUAGUCCGAUAGCGGAUAGAAAAAUUCGAGGAACCUCUCAAACAAAACGACCAUUGGACAAAAAUGAAAAGACUUCAUGGUUGAAAACUCGCGAAAUGUUUACGACCGCGCAUAUUGAUCUAUUUAAACAAUGGAUAAUUCAUAUAUGUGCUAAAAUCGAUAUGGUUCUACGAAAUAAAUUGUCAACAUUUCUCGAUGAAAUACCAACACUUGUUUGGGAUGAAAUUGAAAUUGAAGAAAGUCUUGAUACUGAUAAAACCUAUAAAAGUGUUAUACGUGUUCCAAUGUAUUGUACGCCAUUUAUCGAAGAGCUUCUAUUUUAUUCCUGUCAAGAAAUCAAUCAGGCACUAGCACAUGGUUUGGACAAAGAAUUAUCAAGUGAAAUGGCUUAUCGUAUUUUACAAACAUUUCUAAAUGUAUAUGGAUCAUGGUGGUCAACCGAAGGCCAACAACGAGCUAGUAGAAAACGUAUACAAACACGCAUUAUUCAAAUAGUAUACGAUCUUCGAUUUGUUCAUAUGCUAUUGGAACGCAAAGAUAACAGUAUAAACACAAAAGAUAUUAAUGAACGAUUUUUUAAAUUAGUUGAAAACAUUGAAAGUGAAAUCGAUCCAUUUGAUUUAAAUGUUCUUUCACCAUAUAUGCAAAGUCAUUUACAAAAAAUCGUUCCUCGAUCUUCACUUUUAUUUGGACAUUUGAUAACAAACGAUCGUCUUGUACCAUCAAAACCAUUGACAAUGAAUAGUCAAGACACAAAUAAUAUUCUUUCACUUUCUUCGUGUACACAACGUUUUUCAUUACUACCAAUAGCAACUAAUCUUUCUUCAAUAUCAUCUGGACAAAAACCAUUAUCAAAAGGAAAUAUUCUUAAAUCAAAUAUAAUUCAUGAUCAAGAACAUCAUACUAUUCAUAGUAUAGGAAGUGAUGUUAAUUUAGCAUCGGUUCGUCCAUUGACAUCAAAUGUUGCUGAAGUUGCAACUUACUAUUCUAAAUGGUUUCAGAAUAUUGUCAAAUAA